AUGACAGACAAAACAAUAUCUUAGAAAGCAAGAAGUAAAUUUACAAAAUAAACAAGCCUUCAAUUUCUAAGAGAAUGAAUCUGAGAUUGAUAUAUGUGAGAUAUCAAAAGAAGAUUACUCAAAAAUAUUUGAUAAAUCAAUAAAAUUUUAUGAGUCCACGCAUCAAUAUUAUGUAGAAAGAGUGAUAGGAAAUAAGAUUUCCAUAUAAUACGAUAGAUGAAAAUAAUGAUUAAUAAGAGAGUUAUCAUGUUUAUCAGUUUAGAAUAUUUAUUCUUUGGUUGACAAUGUAAAGGAAUUGUUUAAGAAUAUUAAUAAUGAAUUCUAUCGAAAAAUUACUGGACUUUUGGAGUGUGUAUAAAAAAAAGAAAAUAUAACACAUUUUGAAAAAUAGAUUAUACCAGACACUUGGGCCAAUCGAAUAUAAAAUUUAACAAUUAAAAUUGAAGAAAAUGAUAAAUAUGCCAUUUUAAUGA